GGCCGGUCCAAAUAAUAGAAAAAAUAAAAAGCCUUUUGGAUCCAAAACCCUAGUUUGCCCCAACUCCUAGGUAUAUAAUUCUAGGUAUCUUUAUAACAAUCUCCUUUGAGCAAGGAACGAGAGCGGCUUUUGCAGAAACCCUAGUUCCAAAGGUAAGGUAGAACAACAAGAAGAAGAAGAAUGGCUGUUCCUUUGCUUAACAAGAGGGUGGUUAAGAAGAGAACUAAGAGGUUUAUUAGACCUCAGAGUGACCGUAGAAUCACUGUCAAGGAAAGCUGGCGCAGACCCAAGGGUAUCGAUUCUAGAGUGAGGAGAAAGUUCAAGGGAUGUGUCUUGAUGCCCAACAUUGGAUACGGGUCUGACAAGAAGACCCGUCACUAUCUUCCCAAUGGCUUCAAGAAGUUUGUUGUGCACAAUGCUAGUGAGCUUGAGGUUCUAAUGAUGCACAACAGAACUUACUGUGCUGAAAUCGCACACAAUGUCUCCACAAGGAAGAGGAAAGAGAUUGUCGAGCGAGCUGCCCAACUUGAUGUUGUCAUAACAAACAAGCUUGCUAGGCUCCACAGCCAGGAGGAUGAAUGAGCAUUUUGGCUUUAGAUAUCUCUAUAUUGUUAGUGUUUGAACUUGUUCCUUGUGGUUGUUUAAUUAACAUUCUGUUCUUUCUCUGAAGAGGAUUUUGACUCAUGCUAUUGCUUAUCAAGUGCUUAAAUUUUGUGAUUUUAGUA